AGCGCGCUGCGCAGACAGGGCGCACUCUGUAGCGCACACACUAACAUCCUAUCCAUACAGACGGACACAUGCUAUCUGAUCCUCGUUGUGUGACAAGGAAAUGGAGUUAAAAUAGGUGCACUAAUUUACCUUAUGGACUGAACGCAGUGGCUGUCGCUUUGUUUUUUCUGAACUUCACGCCCAGACACUCAGGAGAGAAAAUGUGGAGAUACACGAACUUGUUCGCCUGUCUACUGGUUUUAUGUAAGGAUGCGUCCUCACAGAGCAAGAUCUUUGGAGAGACUGAGCCUGUCCGAAUGACGUCAGAGGGCUCAGACUGUCGCUGUAAGUGCAUCAUGCGCCCACUCAGCAGGGACGCCUGCAUGCGGCUGCGGAGUGGCAGUGUUCGUGUAGAGGACUUUUACACUGUGGAGACAGUUAGCUCUGGAUCCGACUGUAAGUGUUCGUGCACGGCCCCGCCGUCCUCCCUCAACCCCUGUGAGAAUGAGUGGAAGAUGGAGAAGCUGAAGAAACAGGCCCCCGAGUUACUAAAGCUCCAAUCUAUGGUGGACCUCCUGGAGGGAACACUUUACAGCAUGGAUCUAAUGAAAGUCCACUCCUACAUCAACAAAGUGGUGUCUCAGAUGAACACCCUAGAGGAGACAAUCAAGACGAACCUGACGCGAGAGAAUGAAUUUGUUCGAGACAGCAUGACAAGCCUCACCAACCAGUUCAAGAGAUAUGACAACUACUCCAACAUUAUGAUGAGCAUCAAGAAGGAGAUCUCCAGCCUCAGCAUGCAGCUGCUACAGAAGGAUUCCUCUGAGAGCAAAGCACAGGACACUAAUGAGGAGAAAACCAAGGAGGCUGUAAAAACACCCAACAAAAAGACGCCUGCAGCCAAACUUUCACCCAAACCGCCCAAAGAAAAGGUUGUAAAGCCCAAGAAAGAGGUCAUUAAACCUGGGAAACUGGCCAAGCCUGACCCUACGGCCAAAGCCAAAGUGGUUGGCCACCAGCCUGGUGUGGUGAGGGGCAUCACAUACUACAAGGCUGCCAAGACCGACGAGGAUGAGCACAGAGGAGAUCAUUCUGCCAAAACGUACACAGUCCAUCACAUCACAGAAAACCAGUCAGAAGAUGGAGGAGCUGAAAUGGUCCUGGAAACAAUGGAGGCCACUGUGGCUGAACCCAUUGCCACCACUGCAGUCCCAACAACUGCAACUGCAACUGCCACUACCACUACCACAACAACUACUGGCACCACAAGUACACCCACUACCACACCCAUUACUAUCACUACACAAAGUACACCAGCAUCUGAAAGACCAGCUCCAACCAUUGUUCUGGUGCUGGACAACUCCAACAACAAUAGUCGGCCCACUCUCCACAGAGCAGGGAAGAUCCUAAACUGUGAAGGCACUCUAGCAUCCAUUGAUCAGCCAGAGAAGCAGCACAGUUAUGGGCGCAACGAAGGAGCCUGGAUGAAAGAUCCCCUGGCUAAAGACUCCAAGAUCUACGUCACUAACUAUUACUAUGGCAACAACUUGGUGGAGUUCCGCAACCUGGAUAACUUCAAGCAAGGACGAUGGAGCAACCUCUUCAAACUGCCUUACAACUGGAUAGGCACAGGCCAUGUGGUUUACAAUGGAGCCUUCUACUACAACAGAGCCUUUACCAAGAACAUCAUCAAGUAUGAUCUGAGGAUGCGAUAUGUGGCGGCCUGGACACUGCUGCAUGAUGUGGUUUACGAGGACACGACACCCUGGAAAUGGAGGGGCCACUCGGAUAUUGACUUUGCAGUGGACGAAAGUGGCCUGUGGGUAAUCUACCCUUCCAUGGACUAUGACUACAACCAACAAGAGGUGAUCGUCAUCAGUAAACUGGACCCUGGAGACCUGUCAUUGAAAAAGGAAACAACCUGGAGGACAGGUCUUAAACGGAACUCCUACGGAAACUGCUUCAUCAUCUGUGGUGUCUUGUACGCCGUCAACGUGUACAACCAAAAGGAAGGUGAGGUGAACUUUGCUUAUGACACCCACACCAACACUGAAGCCAUCCCACGUCUGCCCUUCACCAAUGAGUACUCCUUCACCACCCAGAUUGAUUACAACCCCAAGGAGAAGCUUUUGUAUGCAUGGGACAAUGGCCACCAGCUCACAUAUCGGGUAAACUUUGUCGACCAGUGAGCACAGCUAGUUUGUGCUACAGAUCAGCUCACUGUAGGUCUGCCAAUAUGGCACCUAAAAAGAAAAGAAGAUUCUCAGUAUUUGACAGCCUAGAAGCAGCCAUAUUGGACUCAGGACAAUGGAUGAACCUUCACCAGCCUUCAUGUACCAAUGCAUGCUAUUCAAACACCUGACCUCACAGAGUACCAAACAUACAUGCCUCAACGUGUAUUGGGACGUGACUGUACAAUAUGUCAAUAGAAUGGACAAUGAACAGUGAAAAUAAUCUUACAGGUUGAGUUAAACUCAUUGGGCAGAUCUUAGGAAAGCAUAGAUAUUUCUUUAUGAAGGUGGUCAUAUAUGAAAUGUCAGCAGGCUGGCUAACAAGCAGAUAGAUAGAUAGCUAUAAAUGGUUAGUUGGUUUGUGGGGGAACACUUUCAAGAUUGUUUUUAGAUUUAUUGCAAGGUGUCGUUUCGGCAGUUUUUGAGGUCUGAAAACCUAGAUUUGGGUGGAGGUAUGGGCAGCUGCUGAGUGAGAUGGGCUCACGUCAAUCAAACAGUUACUUUCCCCAACAUAAGCCUUAAUAUCUCUUAAAAGAUUUUUAUUUCAGAUAAGUCUAUCUUAUUAUAAUGCAUAUAAGUAAAAAGAGGUCCUGGUUGCUGUAAUCAUUCCUUCUAUCCAUACUGACGUGAAAUGAUCCCUUUUAACACAAUUACACAAUAAAAGAUGGUUUGGAUAAUUCAUACUAGUCUCGCAUGAACUUUAGAAUGCAGACAGUGGAUUUUGUAUCCAUUUUCUUACAGUGGAGUCACUUCACAACCACUAUGGACAGGAAGAAUGAGUACAGUGAACAAUAACUCUUUAAACAUACAUUUGGGCACCCAAGUGUUGCAUUGAAAUAGACAUGAACAUUUCAGAACCUAUCUGCUAAUGAAAUACUAUUGUUAAAAACUGCUUCUAAGACAUAUUAAAAGAGUGAUAUGAUCAAGUGUCACUGAGACGUGGCAUGGGACAUGACAUAAUAUCAUGCGCUAGUUGGGAUUUUUUGUUGUUAUUGGCAUAUGUGUUCACAAAAUAGCCUGUUUCAACACAUCUUUACUAUUUGUAGCCUCUGUCCUCUAGGUGUAACAACAGCUUUGGUUGGUUACAAAUGCACCCAUAUAUUAAGGUUCCUGUUACAGGCCACCCCUUCCCCAGGUUUCCCCUCAACCUGUGUCUUUUGCUCUCUUUGACUAUAGCUUGCUGACAAGUCCCCAGCAGGUCCAAGCAUAAAUGCUUGGAUGCAUAUGCGAUAAUUGGCAAACCUCUUAGCUCACACCCCUGAACAGUCAACAACGCCAAUUUGCCUCUGAUCUGGGGCUUUGAUUGGUUCCAAAAACAGUUUGUGAGUGCAUAUAAUCAGGGUGUAAAUUGUUCAGUGGGAACUAGGCUUAAGAGCUGUUGUGACCAUGAUUGCAACUGUCUCGAUAGCAAGUUAGAAAGCAAUUACUGCAGCUUGGCAAGAGUCCUGCAAGUAGUCACUAUGUCACCAAGCCUUUGACACUGCCGAUUUCAUGAGGGCAUGUGUUUGAACUUUGCUAUGCCACUUUCAGGUGUGACUGGGCCUUAAUAGCGAAAGUAUUCAAUUAUAAUGGCUCUGAUGAUUAUAAUAUUUAUACAUCUGCUUGAAUCAAAUUACACAUUCCUUGUCAGCUGGUAGCCAGGGAGCUCAUGAAUGAGCCAGUGCUAACCCCUAAUGAAACAGCCGUUGCCGAUCAACUAAUGCAAGUGCAUCGCAGUGCCCUACCUGAACACUGUGCUCUUUUUUUUUGUCAAGAGUUUUCUUGAAGCUAACAUCUAAUGUUAGUUAGAGGAAAUGCGGCAUAAAAAUUUGCAUUUACCUUAAGUAUUCAGCCAUAUUUGCUGCUGUCAUUUGGUUUGAACUUUUAAGUUUUAAUUCAAGAUGACCUAACUAGCAAAGCUGUUAGCUAAUGUAGCAUGGCUAGACUUAGCAACCAUCAUCAGGCUUCUUAAAGUGAGAUACCCCAUGUUUUACCCUUUGCCUUUUAAGCAGGCUUCAAAUCUUUUUACACAGCUAGUGUUAUUUAGCUCCACCCCCCAACAUUUAACUCAACCAAUGAGAUUAUUUCUGAUUCCAGCGUAAUUCUCCUUUUGAGAAAUGUUUGUUAAACUAAACUAUGAGCUAUUGUUUCACUCGCCCAUCUACUCCAUCCUAUCACCAAGCACUUUGAUCAUGAAUCUGCUUUCAUUAAUAUUCCUGCCUCAUGAUGCUUCCUGUCUCUUUACCAUUGAUGUUGUUUGAGGGAUGUGUUGAAUAUAAUAUAAAUUCCAAAAACAAAACAAUGUACACAAGUUUCUAAGCUUAAGAUUUUUUUUAUAUUUACAUGAACUCAUUCAUCAGUAUGAUACUUUUUUCUAAUUUCCAUGCAUCUUGUUGAAUUUCUAUGUUGUUAUAUUAAAAUAUGCAGCUUUCAUCAUUGUUAAUAACAUUUACAUAACCACAAUGUUUGUUGUAAUUACUGAGUGUUUGAACAUAUUCACCUCAAUGGAAAUUAACAAUGGUGAUUAGUCACGCUAAUAUAAAAGGUGCACUGUACCAUUAGUUGUGUGCUCUUCAAUAAUGGACAUCAUAAACCAUGAAUGUUUUUAUUUUUGACAAUAACCGACAGUACUGUAUGAGGCACAUAAUGGGAAAGGUAAGCUUUACGAUACACAAUGUAACUGUUACAGCACUUCAUAGUGUUGUGUUGGUCUUGUGCACCAUUCAUGAUUCACAACCACAUUAUGUUGCUUGAUCUUGAAUUUCCAAGAGUGUUUUGUUAAGUUUAUUCAUAAAAAAUAUGCUAAUUGCAAUAAAGUAAUUUUUCA